CGGUUAUCAAAAUGAAAAGCACCCUUCCUAGCCACUUCAAUCGGCGUUGUGUUGGCGAACCGUAGAAUUUAUUCUCUGCGGCCAUAGUUCUCGGAAUGAGCAGCGCUUGCGCCUUGGUAAUGGUUGCAUUGCACUGAGAGGAACGGGACUCCCUCCCCUAAAAUAUGGGGAAACAAUGUAUCGGAGAGGAAAUGCUCUGGGUUACUUUGUUGUAACUAGUUUUCAAGAGCACAUCGGGACGGGCUGGGAAGUAUGAAGGAGAUGGUUGGAGGUUGCUGCGUGUGUUCUGACGAGAGGGGAUGGGCUGAGAAUCCUUUGGUCUACUGUGACGGGCAUGGUUGCAAUGUUGCUGUUCAUCAAGCUUGUUAUGGAAUCGUUCAGGUCCCAACUGGACCCUGGUUCUGCAGGAAGUGUGAAUCUCAGGAACGAGCUGCUAGAGUGCGCUGUGAACUCUGUCCCCAUAAAGAUGGUGCCCUCAAGAGGACGGAUAAUGGAGGUUGGGCCCACGUAGUCUGUGCUCUCUACGUCCCGGAGGUGCAGUUCGCUAACGUUAUCAGUAUGGAACCUAUUGUACUGCAAUAUGUUCCCCACGAACGCUUCAACAAGACCUGUUACCUCUGUGAAGAACAAGGUCGGGAGAGCAAAGCGGCCACAGGAGCCUGCAUGACCUGUAACCGGCAUGGGUGUCGACAGGCCUUUCACGUCACUUGCGCUCAAAUGGCUGGCCUAUUGUGUGAAGAACAGGGCUCGGAAAUCGAUAAUGUAAAGUACUGCGGUUACUGCAAAUACCAUUUCAACAAAGUGAAGAAAUGUCGGCAUUCGGCUAGCACUGCCUAUGACCAAGGCCUCAGUGAUUCGUCGUCCCACUCUCAAGAUAAACUGAGCUCCCUGUAUGACAAACAGAGGAAGAGUCGGAAGGACAGGGAGAGGCCGAAGCAGAAACUCAAGAAACCUACAGAAUCAUUGAACAGCACCGUUAGCACGGUUACUGUAACAGCAGAAAAGGGAGCAUCUGCGCCGCACGUGAGUGGGAAGGAGACGACAGAGGUCGCCAGGUCAGAGGUCAAAGGGAAGAAGGCUCCUAGUCAUGGCUCCAGCCAAAGGGGACGGAAAGCAGGCGUCGGGAAGAGCCUGGCCAGUGUUUCCACUGUGUCAACAGCAAGUCCAUUUCAGCAAGGCAGUCUCCUGAGCACUUCUAGCAGUUCACUGCAGCCCUCCCAGGAGGUUGGAAUAUUCAGCAAGCCUGAACUGCGAGGAGACACCUACUCAGUGGGUCACAACUCCUCGCAGAAUUCAGCCUCUUACGACGCAGCUGAGGGGACCCUGUCGAGCUACAACUCUUUGAUCCGCUUCAGCUCAGCCCCUCCGGCCCCAAAGAAGCCCCCCGAAAGCUCCUCCACAGACUUCAGGACUUCCGCUGGGAUGGGCGGCCCUUCAAGUGGAGGAACCGGGUACAAGCGGCCGCAGCCAGUUGCUGGGAUGGAAGAGGAAGAGACGGUAAAGGAGAAGAGGCACAAGGCUAGCAAGAAGAGCAAGCACGGAAGGGGGAGACCCAAAGGGAGCAAAAACGAGAGCAGCCCAAGUUUGGCCAUCCCCAUCUCCCUCAUCACAUCAUCCACAACUGACCUGAGUGGAUGCAUCACCAGCCCCGCACUCCCAAAGUUAACACCAUCAACAAGCUACAGUGGAGCCAUCCCGAGUCUGUCUAUAGAACCUUCACUUCUGGGUUCAGGUACCAAAAUAACUUCAAUGUUGCGGGAUGGCAACAUCAUUGACAAAGGCAGCAAUUACUGCCAACUCGAAAAGGUGCUGCUAGCUCGGUAUUGCAGCCGUAUUUCAGGAUUAACCAUGUUGCUGAGAGUUUGGAGUCACAUGGAGGCUAAACUUGGUAAGGUGCUGUCCUUACCUGGUUCAUCAUAUAAUCUCACUCCUUCCAAUGUCUUUGGAGGACCGAUUACACCUGGUACAUCCAUUACUUCGCUGUUAAACCCAGUGGAAACCAGUCAAACAGAACCAGAUCUGGAUGACAACGAUUGCAGUUUUGUCUGCAGGGGCAGUUCUUCCAGGGGAAGCCUAUCUCCAACCUCCCCCAUUGGCGGCUUGUCCACAUUAUAUGAUCAGGCCAUACCAAGUCAGCUGGAGAAUGUACCACAAACAACGUCUAACAUAGAGGAGCUCCUAGACAAGCACUGGAGUGGAGAGGGAGGCAUCGACAUUGUGGACAUGUUAAAAUCAUUGCACCUGCUUCAGUUAGAUAAUCAACGUUUACAGGAACAGAUCAUGAAUCUCUCUGCAAAGAAGGAGCGUCUUCAGCUGCUGAAUGUCCAGCUCUCCAUUCCUUUUGCUACUGUGACACCCAGCAAUGGUCCGUCCUCGCAGGCACAUUUAAUGACCUCCCAGAACGCUUGCAGCCCUGAGCUGCUGAACAGCAGUAAAAGUCCCCCUUCAAAGGGCAGCUUCAUAACCGAGAACUCGCUCUCCGCAUCAUCAGAGAAAAACCCAUCUGGUUCACUGAUGUCCUUCAGGAAAGGA